AUGGAAGACAAGAAAAAGAAGAAAGAAGAGAAAAAGAAAAGGGAAGCCUCUCAGAAGGUGCCAGAACAGAAAAUCAAAGUGCCAGAAUCAGCCAAGCCCUCCGGUUCCCAGCCACUCUCCACCCCAGGCUCAGUGUCCCCUAGCCCUGGCCCUGUUUCCCCCUCAUCCCCAAGUCCUGGUGCAGGCGGGGUCUCUGCCCAAGUCCCUCCUGGUGGUGGGAACAAUGCAAAGCAGCGGACUGCUGUGGCCAACGGACAGCCCUCCACCUCUCCAUCUGGAAGUCAAACCCCCCAACAGCAGCGAUACAUGUCAAGAGAGGUCCCACCAAGAUUUCGCUGCCAGCAGGACCAUAAAGUGCUACUGAAGAGGGGCCAGCCGCCGCUGUCCUCCAUGCUGCUGGGGGGAGGAAGCGGAGGAGGAGGAGGGGAUGGGGGUGCAGGGGGCGUAGGAGGAGGCAGUGGCUGGGUUGCUGCACUGUCCUCACAGGGAGCAGAUAACGCCAAUGCAAACACAGAUUGCAACCUGGGUUCGUCCUCCCCGUCACCUCCCAACUCAUCCUCAUUAUGUGUUGCUGCUUUGUCGUCUUCUACUACUUCUUCAACUUAUGCAAAUUCCACAUGGGGGGCAGGCUCUGGCAGCCAGUCCUCUUCUCAGGGCUGCGGGAAGAUGAUUGUGGAUGGGACUGACCUGGAGGACUGGCCCACCAUUACGGGCGGGUCCAAAUUGAAUUCUGAUGGGGCUGGAGGAGGGAUUCAGGAGCAAGACUGCCCUAGUAACAACAACAGUAGUGCCUCAUGGGGUGAGAGAAACAUCCAGCAGAAGAGUGGAACGGGAGGAGGAGGAGCAGGGAAUAUGGACAAUCCUUCCCCACCUCGUUCUUCUCCUCUUUCCUCAUCUUCCUUGCUUAAUGAAUGUGCCCAGUCAAGUGGUGGUGCGUGGGUCUCUUCCACCUUAUCCGAGGUGGAUGCUGGGCUAGGAUCAGCAGCAUUUUACAAUUCCAAAGUCUCCCAUCUUCUUCCUGGCCCUCAGGAGAGCCCUGUGGGUGGCAGCAGUAGUGCCCCUGGUGCCAAUUUCAACCCCAAUGUGAACCCCUCUGCUUGGCCUGCCUUGGGGCAGAGUGGGACUUCCACUUCAGCCAGUGACAGCUUCCCACCACACCCAUCCAUUACUUCAGCUUCCUCAUUCUCUGCCAGCACCACCCUCAUCACCACUCUUUCAUCUGUGAAUCAAACUGGUCUCUACCAGCAGCACACUGACACAGCUGUGGGAGCCUCGAGCGGAGAACAGCAGCACUUGGGAAAUCCAGGGCCAGAGCUGGGUUUGAGCGGGGGAGCAAAAGAACCAGGACCAAAUCAAGAUGGUGGUAGUGAGGGGAACUCUGGAGUUGCAAGUGAAGUGGAAGCGAGCGACGAUACAUCUGGCUCUUCUUCCUCCUCCUCAGCUGCCUCUUCUUCUUGGAGAGCCAUGCCCCCGGUGUCCUCGGAACUCGGUGUAGGUGCCUCGCAGGCUGAUGGGUGGAAUAGUGGAGGGACUGGAGCUCAGCGGCAGGAAGGGAAUGUUUGGGGCUUUGGCUGUCAAGAUGACAAGUCGGGCUGGGGCAGGGGAAACGGCGGGGGAUCUACAGCCCCUUUGGCAUCUCAGGGAGUGUGGGAAGGGAGCGGUUCAGAAGCAAAUUGGAGUGGCACUACAGAAGGUGCAAGUUCGAGUAAUUUAGCAAUAGGAAGUGGAAGAAACGUAGAAAGGUGCAGCAGCAGUACAAGCAGUUUAAGUGUUGGUGGCAGCGGCUUGGAGGACUCUGCCUCACCAAAGUUUGCAACAAUGACAAAAGCUUGGGACAAUCAGAAAGGGACUGAAAGUGGGGAUGGGCCAGUUGGGGAAUGGGAUGGAGGAGGAGGACAGAGUGGAGGCGCUGAAGGCAGAGGAACCUCAUCCUCAAGUGGUGGUGGAUCCAUCGCUGGAAGCGGUGACACGGCGGAUGGUAGUGGACAUAAGCAGGAGGGCUCAUCUUCUGUACAUAAUCGCUCCAACCAGUCCUCCACGGCUGAAGUGGCCUUACUUGGUAUGCUCAAUCGAUCUGAUCUGGACCCCAGAGUUUUGUCAAACACAGGCUGGGGGCAGACCCAGAUCCGGCAGAAUGUGGCCUGGGACCUGGACACCACAACGGGAGUAGUGAAAAGAAAUGAGAGGAACCCUUCAUGCUCAUCUCCAUUCUCAUCAGCAACUCUGAACUCUGCUGCUGGUCGCAGUUCGAGGUACCCAUCUAACACCACUUCAGUGUCUAAUGAGGCCUCUAGCAGUCCCACAACCAGCCUGAACCCCGGUUCUACGACAGUAAGGGAUGGCUGGGAUGACGGCUCUACGCAGUCCACCUGUGGUUCUUUUAUGCCGAGUAGCAAUGUAAGGAAGCCCGGAUUAUCAGAUGAUAACACAGAGGGCAGCCAGGGGAAGGCAGCUGGAGGGUGGGGCGAUCCCCCUCCAAAAAACCAGGGCAAAGGAUGGAGGACUGAAGAGCGACAGUGGGGGGAACGCAGAGGAGGAGGAAACUGGAGAGACCUUGAGGAAUGCGAUAGUGGGUGGGGAGAAGGUCAAGAGGAUAAAGGAACAGGGGGCUGGAAGGGAACCACAAGAGGGGAGACGAGCGGUUGGGGAGGACGGUGUGGAGGAGAAGACUGGGGACAGAAAGACUCUACCCCUGCAGGUGGGUGGGGAGAUGGGCAAAGUCGAGGUGCACGCAAUGCUGAUGAGGGAUCCACUUGGGGAAAUUCAGAUGGAGGAUCUCAACGAGGAGGAUGUCGGGGAGGCGAUGCAGUCGAAGGCAAAGCUCUCCAGGACUGGGGGAGUGCCAAGUCCCAUACAACAGCAGCACAGAUACCAAACAGCCAAGUGGCAAUGAAAGCCCCAAAUCAUCAGCAGCAACAAUCCCAGGGCCAGCAGCCACCAGGAGGGCCCAUGCAAGGAGGGUGGAACAGUCGGCCAGGCGUUGGAGGUGGAGGUGCACCCUCCAAGAAUCAGAACCAAAGUUCAGGCUGGACCUCAGGUCCAAUCCCCCAAAUCCCCGGAGGCGGGGGGGAAUCCAUGGAGCCCAGUGGAUGGGAAGAGCCUUCCCCGCAGUCCAUCAGUCGCAAAAUGGAAAUUGACGACGGCACAUCAGCGUGGGGAGACCCAACUUGCUACAACACCAAGAAUGUGAACCUGUGGGACAAGAACAGUGCCACACCAAGCCAAAGCCACAGUCAGCAGCCCGCACCAGAACCCAUACAGCAACAAGCUCCCAGAAGGCAGCAGGGAAUGCAGCACAGCACCAACACAAACCCCGGAAAUGGAUCAGUGGGAAUGUGGGGUGGAGGCGCGCAGACUGUGGAUAAUGGUACAGCAGCUUGGGGCCAGACAUCUGAUGCAGCUGCAGGUUGGGGGGAACCAGAUGAGCCCAGCAAACCAUCAGGUUGGAGGAACCCUUCUCCCAGCCUCAGCAAACCUGGCUCCAAGCCAGUGGAAAGCUGGGGUGGGAAGGGAGAUGGCUCCAUCGCAGCAUCUAGGCACCCCAGCUGGGAAGAUGAAGAUGAUGGUGGUGGAGGGGUGUGGAACAGCACAGGCUCCCAGGGAAGCAGCUCUUCUUUCAACUCUGGUGGCUGGGUCCAGUCUCAUGGAGGAAAAAGAGGCAACAUAAAGAGUGGAGCAGGAGACAGCUGGAUGAAUCCUGUGUCCCGGCAGUUUUCAAACAUGGGUCUUCUGGGUGAUGAUCCAACUGUUGACAAAAAGAUGGAUGGAGACAAAAGAGGACUGAAUGACUUUAAUGGGGAGAUGCGGAGGGGAGGAAGAGGUGGCACAGGGUACCGCAUGCCUAGUUCCAAAGACAUGGGUCCUGUUGACAUGGGGCCAUAUGGUGAUAAGGUGGGUGGCCACGGGGUGUUUGUUGCAGGUGGAGGAGGGAUGCCUCAGCCUCGAGGGAUGCAGCAGCCUGGCAUGCAUCCCAUGAACCACUCCCAAGGGUUACGUGCUCAAGUGCCUCAUCAGUUCCUGUCUGCUCAGGUGCCGGGCCCCAUGCUGAAGCAGAUGCCGUCUCCUGGUGGCGGUGUGGGUGGAGUAGUUGGAGGAGUAGGAGGUGUUGGAGGAGUAGGAGGUGUUGGUGGCGUCGGAACUGUUGGAGGGGUUGGUGGUGUUGGUGGAGGAGUGUUCCCUCAUCAAAUAUCUCCGCAGCAGCUAGCAAUGCUCAGCAACAUUUACCCCCACAUGCAGCAGUUCCAUCUGGCCUGUCAGCUCCUCCUACAGCAGCAGCAACAGCAGCAGCAGCAGCAGCUGCUGCAGAACCAGAGGAAGUUCCCUCAACCUCAGCCUCUGAGGCAGCAGCCAGAUCCACAGCAGUUGGCAAGGAUCAUGGCUGUUCUGCAGCAGCGGAGGCAGCAUCAGCAAGGUGGGGUUGGAGGAGCCACAACCACUGGGGGGAGCUCCAAAUUGUCACCAUCUCACCUAGGAGGCGGCCUGUCCAAACAAGCUAUGGUAGACCCUUUUCAACACCCUGGAUUAGGGGGUCCCUUGUCAGAUCUCCAUGCCAAAACGCAAGGGAUGUAUGCUGGGCUAACAUCUGGUGGUAACGUGUCGGCACUGGAGCUCGGUCCCAUGAUGGGGGGAAUGAAGGAUAUAGGUGGACAGCAGUCCCGCUUUAAAUGGAUGAUGGAGGGUAAUUCCCCAACUCCCUCCCCCCCAGACACAGCCCUUCACAAGAAUGGGCCUUUACCCAGUGCGAUAAAGGUAAGAGGAGGGUCCCCUUACUCUCAGUAUGAGAUGCUGGGCAGUGAAGGCUUAGGGAUGCCACCACAGAGCUCAGCAGACAACUGGCACAGGACUCCUGGGAGCAAAAUGGGGAACAAACCGGCUACGUCAAGUUGGCCUCCAGAGUUCCAGCCUGGUGUACCCUGGAAAGGAAUACAGAGUAGUGGAGACCCAGAAUCUGAUCCCUACAUGACCCCUGGGAGUGUCCUUGGCUCUCCAGGAUCCCCCAAUCUCAAUGACCCUGACCACCAGUUACUCCGAGACAACAUAGGGCCAAACCCCUCCCUCAACACCUCGCUGCCUUCACCUGGUGCCUGGCCCUACAGUGCCUCAGACAGCUCCCUCAGCAACGCACACAGCACAGGAAAGUACUCCGAGUACAAGCCCAGCUGGCCUCCAGAGCCCAUCGGACAAAACAAGUUAUGGAGGACCAAUCGCAACAGCUCACAGCUGCCACGCCCCCCUCCUGGCCUAACCAGUCAAAAACAGGCCUCGCCCUCCCCAUGGGGCUCUGGAGGUCCACGGUUGGCCCGGAAUUGGGGAGGGGGUGGAAUUAAUCAAGACUCAAGAUUUGGGCCAGGCUCAACGUGGAGUGACGGCGCAGCCUCCAGAGGAAGCUGCUGGUUGCUGCUGAGCAACCUGACUCCUCAGAUUGAUGGCUCUACACUGAGGACUAUCUGUAUGCAGCAUGGCCCCCUGCUCACCUUCCACCUGGGCCUUACCCAGGGCAGUGCUCUCAUUCGUUACAGCAGCCGGCAGGAAGCAGCCAAGGCCCAGGGCGCACUGCAUAUGUGUGUUCUGGGUAACACCACCAUCCUGGCGGAGUUUGUGAGUGAAGAAGAAGUUGCGCGCUAUUUUGCACAUUCCCAGGCUGGAGGGGCAGACGGGGCCAGCUCGGGGGGAGCAGCGGGCAGCGCUGCGCCCGGUUCCUCUGGACCAGGCGCAGCUGUGGCCGGCAGUGGGGGGAGCUCCCCGGGGAGUGAUCGGGCAGUAGUGGGCGCGCCUUCAGGUGGAAAUGGAAACGGUGGAGGAGGGGAGAGCGGCGCGGCGGCUCUACCCGGCGUACGGUCCUCUGGCUCUGGCUGGCAGAGUCUCGACGGUACAGGCACUUCUUCAGAAGCCUCCUCAGCCCAAGGACCCGGGCUGGGGAUUUUUUCCCAGUGGAGCACCAACGGGGCAGGGGAGGGAGGAGGUGUUGGGGGGGUAGAGACUGCGAGGUCUGGGCUGUGGGGUGGCAUGACUGCAGGAUACACAAGCAGUAGCCUGUGGGGGGCUCCACAGAUGGAGGAGAGGCACCAGCUGGACAGCCCUGCCGGACUGCUGCCUGGCGACCUGCUGGGAAGAGGAGCCGAUUCCAUCUGAUGACCCCCCUCAAAACGUUUGAGUUAGUUUGGACACACUGAUACAGCAUACACUGGGAUACAUAUAUUCUUACUAUGGCACACACACAUACAUUUACAUGGUAUGCAUAUUAAUGUAUUAUACACAUGUAUGUGCAUACAUAUACAAGGUAUGCAUAUAAAUGUGCACACAUAAAGCAGAAAUGUGAUACAUGCUUACACACAUUCUCAUGGCCAGACUUAAGCUAUUAUUAAAAAAACAAAUGCAGGGACUGUUAGAUGUGUAUACAGCCUUUUUCCACAGAUGAAGAUUUCAACUGCUUUGACUUGAAACCUGAAAAAGAAUGAAAAGUCAGUUAGUCUGAAAGACUUGACUGGAUUGCAAUGUGCUUAGUAACGAGGGGACUUUUCAACAGAUUUACAUAUAACAUGCACACACCAAAUACAGAGAAGCCUUCAGACAGACAGGCACUGUAAACAGACGUUACGUUCAUCGUAUAAAGACUUAAAACUACUACAUGAUGUGAGGUUAAAAGUGCAGUUUGUAUUCACAUCCCCUUAAAGACGGAGAUCGAAUCCAAACACAUGCAAACAGCUCUGAUUGACAACAGAACUGUAUCUUACUGUGUAUGUUAAGGUUUUUUUUUUUUUGUUUGUUUGUAUGGUUUUGAUUUUUUUGAACAGUGAAAAUAUUGAAAAAUGUCAUUGUUCUGUUUUCGAAAUGCUGACCUCCUACUGUUGUAUCUCACGCACUCUUUCUCUUGUUAUCCUCUCUUGAACAUGUUUGUUAAUGUUGCAGUGGUAAAUGUUAUAUUGCUGGCAGAUUUAGGCCAUGAUGCAUUUCUCCACGUGUCGAUACUGUGUGCAGUAUUGUACGUGCUUAUGAGUAUGAGUGAGACUGAGACCAAGUAAGUGGAUUAAACCACCGCAGUUGUUGUGCGUGCGUAUGAAUGUGAGGAUAAUGUGUGUGCAUGUUAAUGCCUGUCAUAAUGUGGGCAAGGCUGCUUACUUUACAGAAGGUCUAUACAAAAAAUGUUUUGAGUGCAUUCGGUAUUCCGCUGAUUGUGUUCAGAAAUAUUGGCACUAAUCCUUUUUUCUCUCAUUAGAUUUUUUUUUUAGCAGUCUUGUCUUUUUUUAAUUGUUUGACCUGCAAUAAUAAAAAAAAAAACAUUUUAAUGACAAAGAGCUGAAGGCAUACGCGUUUAGAAAAUGGACAUGCCAAAUCUUAUCAAACUGUG